AUGACACCUGUAAAAUUCCAAGUCAUUCGGGUGAUUCCUAGGUAUGAAGAUGAACUUGAAACGCUUAGGCAGAUAGAAAGGGGACAUGCAGAUGAGAUCAGUUUUUGGAAAGAACCGACAAUGACUGACAGAUUUGUCGACAUCAUGGUGACACCUGACUUUGUCGAUGGUCUUUGCAGCAUGCUGCAAACGGCGGAGAUGAAGUAUUUUACAAACAUUUACAAUGUACAAGAAGUGAUCGACAGAGAGCGAGAGUUGAUGAGAUCUAGGCCACGUGAAAAUGAAGAUGAGUUCGAUUACGGAACAUAUCACCGAUAUGACGAGAUUAAUAAAUGGGUAGACGACUUCGUUGCCGCAAAUCUCAAGAUAUCAUCUGUUUUCACUAUUGGUAAUACCUAUGAAGGACGGGAAUUACGUGGUGUCAAGAUAGGACGUCCUGGAGAAAACAAACCAGCUAUAUGGAUGGAAGGAGGAAUUCACGCACGUGAAUGGAUUUCUCCUGCCACAAUGCUAUACAUGACACAACUGUUUGCCGACGGAUAUGGGGAUGAUCAAACAACAACAAAGUUAGUAGACGAGUUAGAUUGGUACAUGCUGCCAUUGCUGAAUGCUGAUGGUUAUGAAUUUACUCAUACAGACAACCGCAUGUGGCGCAAAACAAGAUCACCAAACGAAGGAUCUACUUGCAUUGGUACUGAUCCGAACAGGAAUUACGAUUUUAUGUGGGGAUUUGCCAGUGACAACCCAUGUGCAUCCGAUUACCGUGGUGCGUCUGCCGCUUCAGAAGUAGAAAUAAAAGCAGUCCAAGACUACUUGAUGCAAGCGACCACGGAGCAAACCUUUGCGAUGUCCAUUGAUUUCCACAGUUACAGCCAGUGGUGGGUGACGCCAUGGGCAUACACGAAUGAAACAGCUCCCCACUAUGUAGACCUGGAUGCUAGUGCCGCUGCUGCAGUCACCGCCCUAGAAUCAGUGCACGGAACUCAGUACCAGUCAGGUGCAUUGAUCAAUGGUGGCUCCGGAUUGGCUAUGGAUUGGUAUUAUGCUGAGGCGUUGAUUAAAUAUUCAUAUUUGGUAGAGCUACGUGAUACAGGAGAGUAUGGUUUCUUGCUUCCAGAGGAUCAGAUUAUCCCAUCAGGUGAAGAGACAUAUGCAGGAAUGAAAGCAGCAAUUACAUACCAAGUUUUGAAGCUUGAUGUCAAAAAUGACCGCGACUUAGAAAUUGUCGGAAAACUGGAAAAUGAUAUAGAGCUCGACUUUUGGAAAUACCCGAGCGAUCUGAUGGUCCCACCAGGUAAAAUGGAUGGAAUAACAUCUUACCUGAAUAACAAUGGAAUUAUGUACAAUGUGAUGAUGGAAAAUGUCCAAGAUGUAUUAGAUGCCAACGCCCCAGCUCAGGCACCAGGAAUAAAUGUUAUUGACCAAUGGAUUAAAGAUAUGGCUACCGCAUAUCCAUUAAUUGCUGAUGUUGUUUAUAUUGGAGAAUCCUACGAACUACGACCCAUGCGAGCAUUGAAGUUGGGAGUAAAUGCGGAUGCAUCGGCAAUUUGGUUUGAGGGCGGGCUUCAUGCCAGAGAGUGGAUUGCACCAGUUACCGUGAUGUACAUUGCAGAGCAGCUUGCAAAAGAGUAUGACACAGAUCUAACUUUCUUAAACACAUUUGAAUUUUACUUUUUACCGACCAUUAACCCAGAUGGUUACGCCUUCACUUGGACUGAUGUAAGUGCAAGUUCCAGUACAGAUCCUUGUUCACAAGAAUAUCGUGGUGACUUUCCAGAAUCUGAAGUUGAAAUCGCAAAAACAACUGAUUUCAUUACACUCGCUUCAGCAUCGCAACGAUUUACUAUGUUCAUUGAUUUCCAUAGUUACGGACUAAUGUGGAUGUGUCCCUGGGCCUACACCACUGAGUUACCACCCGAUUAUGAUGAUCAGUGCAAUUGUGCAGAGGCUGGUGCCAUGGCAAUUGAAGCAUACAGUGGGACGCAGUAUUUGUAUGGAAAUCAUCUCAAACUAGUCUCAGGUGCUGCCUACGAUUGGGCUUAUGGUGGCCCUGUCAAUAUUAAAUACUCGUACGCAAUCGAGCUUCCAGACAGAGAAAAUGGUUUUCUCGUACCCGCGGAAGACAUCAUCCCAAUAGGAGAAGAGACCUACCGAGGCGUGAAGGCUUCCAUCAACUUUUGUAGUUGUUUGGCAGAUGUACGUUACGAUGGGUACAAGGUUCUUCGCAUGAACUCAGUCAACGAUGAACAAAGAGAAGUACUUCAACUACUGGCCAAUACGUUCGAUUUCUGGGAUUUUCCUCGGGAUUUGAUGGUACCCCCAACUCAGCUUGAACGUACACUUGAAUUGCUCGACACCCACAAUAUCGACUAUGUCGUAUGGAUUGAAGAUGUACAGGCGAAGAUAGACGGUGUAUUCACCAACCGGGGGAAAGUUCAGCUUACAGAAUUUGAUUACAACACCUAUCAUCCACUUAAUGAGAUCAUGGAUUGGAUAGUUGCGCUCGAAGCUGAAUACCCGGCUUUAGUUACUUCUUUUGUCAUUGGAAAUUCGUACGAAGGCCGAGAUUUGGUCACCAUGAAGGUUGGUGUAGAUACGGGAAAACCGAAACGUGCUUUCUGGUUUAAUGGUGCUAUACACGCACGUGAAUGGAUCUCUCCUGCGACCGUUAUGUGGAUGACAAACAAGAUGAUUCAAGAUUAUAUGGGAGCAGACCCAGACGUGACUUUCUUGUUGGAAGCGUACGAUUUUUAUAUUCUGACAGUUAUGAACCCAGACGGAUAUCUAUACACGUGGACAGACGAUCGUAUGUGGCGUAAAACUCGAUCCCCCAAUGAUGGUUCAAUAUGUAUUGGAACUGACCCAAACAGAAACUUUGAUUACGAGUGGGGAGGUUUAGGAGCCAGUGAUGUACCGUGCUCCAGCACAUAUCGCGGCGCAUACCCACUCUCCGAAAGCGAGGUUGAACAUGUGGUGAACUUCAUCAGAAAUCAAUCCGCAAUACAGCCUUUCGAUAUGUAUAUUGAUUACCAUAGUUACUCACAAUUGAUGCUGUCAGCGUGGGGAUACACAUAUGAUUUACCCGCUGAUUACGAUGCUAUGUAUGCGCACAUGGAAGUAUACACUGAUGGCAUAUUCUCUGUCCAUGGUAUGGUAUACGAAUACGGCAAUGCUGCCUCUAUUAAUUAUCCAGCUUCUGGUGGAAGCAAAGACUGGGGAUAUGGCGAUAGAGGGAUUGUAUAUUCAUACACCGUCGAGCUCCGCGAUACGGGCGAAUACGGGUUCUUGCUUCCAGAGGACCAGAUUCAACCGACCGCGGAAGAAAACUACAAUAUGUUGAAAUUGUUUAUAUUGGCACUGUGUGCCUGUGCCUGCCUGGCUAAGAAGGAUUACAAUGGAUAUCAAGUAAUUCGAAUGCAAAUAGGCGACGCUGAACAGUAUGACGUGGUCAAGUUUCUCAUGGACAUAAAGGGGAUUGAUUUCUGGGAUUUCCCACGCGAUGUGAUGGUGCCACCUCAAUACACGGAAAAAGUCAAAGAGUAUCUGGAUGUGAAUAAUGUUCUGUACAAAGUAUGGAUUCAUAACGUUCAGGAAAAGAUUGAUGGAGCAUCCGAUAGAGCACCCAAAACAUUAGUAGAUGGUUUUGACUACACAGUUUACCAUCCACUUAAUGAGAUAAUGGAUUGGAUCGCCGAAAUUCUUGUAACCUAUCCAACCCUUGCCACCAACAUCAACAUCGGCACAUCUUACGAAGGAAGAGACCUCCCUGUUCUCAAGGUCGGUGCUGAUACUGGAAAAGAAAAACGAGCAGUAUGGUUCAAUGGAUGCAUUCAUUCCCGGGAAUGGGUAUCACCAGCUACAGUUAUGUGGAUGACUAAUCAGUUGAUGAAGGACUAUACGGAAGGUACGAACCCCGAUGUUACAUUUUUAUUAGAGACGUACGAUUUCUAUAUCCUUACGGUCAUGAAUCCGGACGGCUAUGAAUUUACAUGGACUGGCGAUCGAAUGUGGCGUAAAUCACGAAGUCCUAACGACGGAUAUGAAUGUAUGGGAACUGACAUGAAUCGUAACUAUGACUUCGCAUGGGACGGCGAGGGCUCCAGCGAUUUUCCUUGUUCAUCUACGUACCGCGGAACACAUCCACUAUCUGAGAUAGAAGUAGAAAGUGUUGUCAACUUUAUUCGGGCACAGUCAGUCACACAACCAUUUGAUUUAUUUAUCGACUAUCAUAACUACUCUCAAAAAAUGUUGUCACCUUGGGGAUAUACCUACGAUCUUCCUGCUGAUUAUCCUGCAAUGUAUGACCACAUGACAGUACAUACUAAUGCAAUGGCGGCAGUGCAUGGUGUCCAAUAUGAAUACGGCAAUGGUUCAGCUCAACUGUAUCUGGUUGCAGGAGGUGCCAAGGACUGGGGAUAUGGCGAUAGAGGUAUAAUCUAUUCCUAUACAAUUGAGCUUCGGGAUGAGGGCGAAUAUGGAUUUUUACUUCCAGAAUCUGAAAUUCUUCCAACUGCUCAAGAAAACUACGCUGGUUUGGUAGCUGGCCUGAUACAUAUUUCGAAUCUAUAACCUUAUGUUCAAUACACAUAAAUGAUAUCAACACACUGAUAUGAAACUAAAUGUAAGUUUAUAAUAAUGAUAAUGAUAAAAUAAUAAUAACAAUAAUAAUGC